CGUUCCCAGCUGUGGAGAUACUGCAAUGGCUCGUGCAAGUGGCUGGAAAAGCGCUGUACUAUAGUAAAACCAGCGCUUUCUCACGCAAGGCGGCACUCGUGUGGCCGUUUCCCCUUAGUGCGCAGUGAAGGCGCGUGUUGAUACGUUCAUGCGUUUUACGGAGGUUUCCGAGCGCCGAACGGACGUUUCGGGACUGAGUGUCGCGUGCCGCACUUUUAUGACACACAGUGUGACACAGUCAUCAUGUCAAAGCGGCCGACAUUAAUAAUCGAGGACGAUGAACAUGAAAAGGGGACAGAUGACACAAAUCCAUUUUCCUUCAAAGAAUUCAUGCGGAGUCAAAAUCAGUGUCCAAGUGAUGAAGGAUGCAGGGAGGAAACGGACUGUAGCACACAGAAGGCGUUUGUGGAGGGGGAUGAUGAUGAUGAUGAUGAAGAGGAAGACGACUGCUUUACCAUGAACAUCUCGGAGCCUUUCUUCAGCGACCCUGCCCCAUUCCCACAGUCCCUGGACAAUGAGGCCAAAAAGUGGACAGGAAGUUUCUACCCUUCUGGCACUGGGUUUGGGCUGGACAGCACGUUGUUCUCCACAAUGUCCAAUGAGGAUGAGGGGGACACGGGGCCGUUUUGGCAGGACGGGGGGUUCCUCCAGGGGUCCUCUCAGAACAGAGCAAGCACAGGCAGCUAUGAAGCAGACCUGGAGAACUCUUUUGCUGAUGUCACUUACCAGAAUCAACGAUCCAAUGGCGAAAGUGGAGGCAGGGACCAGCAAAAGCUGAGAGAGGAGAACGCGCAGCUCCGGAAACAAGUUAAAGAACUGCUGCGGAGGUCUGAAGCUGACAGUUGCAGGAUCCAGCAUCUAAGGGAGGAGCUGCACAAGCGCAAGAUGCAGGAAGAGAAGGAAGCACAAGACCUGGAGACCAUGGUGCACUCUGUUGAGAGGAACCUUCAGCUGAUGACGAAGCGAGCAGUUAAGGCUGAAAACAGUGUUUCAAAGCUGAAACAGGAGGUCUUGCAGCUGCAGGGCCAGCUGGAGGUGUACCUCACUGAGAACAAGAAACUCCGGGACCGAGAGACGACUGCGCUCAACACCAUGAAGCAGAAGGCACAACUUGCUGCGGAGCACCUCAGCAAAGCAGCCAGCAAUGCAGAGAGCUCCAUCAAGCAGUUGCUGACGGGAGCAGACACACUCUACCUGGUGUCACAGAUCCUUGGCACAAUUGACAGCAUCUCAGACCUGCCUGGUGAAGACCGGUGACCUUGGCGCUGUUGACCGACUUGACGGCAACUCUCGACGCCUGUUGAGUUUGUCGGGAAUUUAAUGCCGUGUUGGAUCUGAUUUCUGCAGAUUGUAUUUUUUUUGCAGUUUUUCAAGGAAUGUACUGCAGUUUUGCUGCAUUUUAAUUGAUCUCAUACUAAUAUUUUUAAAUGAGUCCUGAAUGAACUUUGUCAUUCCAGAACUGAAUAUUUUAAUUUGUAAAAUAUAUGUGGUAGCAGAAGAUUGAUGUACAGGCAUUAGCAGGUGGUCCUGAUGGAGGCUGAAGCAUAAGACUUGGACUCUUUCUCCAGAACCAGGGUACAACAUGGCAAGUGUACAUAUGGUAUUUGUUUUAUGUGUUAAUAUCUAAUUAUAUAAGCUUUUCCUUUAAUUCUGCCUUGUCUGUUUUUUUUGAGGUGGGAGGCCAGGAUGCAUUAGUGUGCAUUCUAGCACACUCAAAACUUCUGCCUCUAUCAUGUUUUCAUUCAUAUGUAAAUAAAUGAC